GUUGAACUGUUUUCGGUAUUAUGAUACCUCUAUUUUCCUUUGUUAUUCGAAAAACAAAAUAUUUACGCGUGUUUUUCAGUAUUAUUAUGUUUCAGUGGAAUGUACAAAUGGUGUAUAUAUACCCUUUGCUAUAACCUGAAUACCACUAUUGCCAUAAACCCAUUUCUAGUUGAUCAAGUGAAGAAUAGACCGAAUCGGCAGUAGGAUUUUUCAAUUUUUUAUUUUAAUUCCUUUCUCUAUUGUGAGAGAUCGGUUUAACACGUCAUUCAGUUGGUGCCGAGUAUCUUCCUGUAUAAACGAAACAUCUACAGAAUGAAAAGGUGUACCAUGGAGAAGACACUAAUUAACUUCUUAUUACUGUCUUUUGCAAUAUGCCAAAUCUUUGCAGAACCUCCUACUCCUAUAGAAGUAACUAAUUCAAUAAAUGGAACACUUGGAUCGUUUUAUGAAUUUAUGUCUGACCUACACAAAUUCGAACGUCAAUGGAGAGAAUGCCGCGAAAGUAAAGGAAUUGAAUACGGUGAUAAACCGUUACUUCGAGCUCAUUGGGAUAAAUGCGCAUCUUCUAAUACAGUUGAAAUCAAAUCUCUGUUUGUUUCUCCAGAUCCUAUUGUUGUUCCCGGUCCCAUAAGACUGAACUAUGAUAUGGCUAUUGUAGCUAACAUAUCUUCGCCAUUACAAAUUUCUUUAAAUAUUCAGAAAAAAAUAUCAUACUUUUGGGUUAAAAUCCCCUGCAUACAGAAUGUAGGAAGUUGUACCUAUUCAGACAUUUGUUGGCUGCUUGAUAGUGUAUGCUCUCUACCUUGUGUGAAAACUAUGUUAUCUUGUGAAUGUCCAAUUCCUCAGGGAGAACAUCGGCUCAAUACUGGUUUUGAAAUACCGAACAUUCCUUUACCAUCUUUUCUUGGUGGCCAGUAUUACAUUAAAGUGGAGGGAAGUUCCAAUGGAAAACCGUUGUUUUGUUACGACGUACAGUUUUCAAUUGAAAUAAAUUAAGAGAAAAUGAAUAAUACGAAAUUGUACUUUUUUAAACCCUGAUUUAUUUUGUUU